GGUGAAUAUUUUUAUCAAUGAUUUAACCUAUCUUGCACAACAAAGUGGCGAAAGAGUAUUAGGUAUUAUUGAAAAGGGUGUAGAUGAAUUAGAAUUGAUAAGACGUAGCUCAGAGCAAUUUAUGGGUGAAGCAGAAAAGGCAGCGGAGAAUAUAAAAGAGCGUAUGAGAACACCUAUCAUUAGUGGGCCAUGGUCUCGUGGUUGUUCUUCUUUGUAUGGAUGUCAUAAGGGGUAUUGUUGGGCUGGGUGUGCAGGAAUAUUUGGAUCUGUUGAAGGCUUUGAAUGGUGUUAUACCAAAAAUACAAGUGAUGGUGAUUAUGUGAAAUGUAGUUCUGAUAAGGAUUGUGAUGGCUGUUGGAG